AUUCGUAAAACUUGGUAGUUAUUUCAAUUUGUAUUAAGCUCGUAAUCAGUUAACACGUCUCAACAUCUCGCUACCAGCAUUUGUAAAUUAGAACCACAAAAUAUUGAAAGUGUUGAAUUCAACCUUUUAGCAAGAGUUCGCUCGUGGAUAAUGUUCUUUUUCAUUACCCGCCAUCAACUUCGUCUAUCCUUUAGUGAAACCUUAUCAUUUUAUCUUAAUUUAUUCAAUGGAAAUGGAAGAUCCAUACAUGCAUUUGGAUCCAGCUGAUUUCUUCAAUCUUUUGGAAAGCAAUCAACUGUCAGUGGUGGAAGAUAUCAAGAGUCUUAUUCAUGAUCACCUCAACUCCACCAAAGAAGCAUGGCUUGUUCAGGGUCUCUUCGAUUACAGCAUGUCAAAAGGCUCUCUGAGGGCGAUGGAGAUCCUUCUCGGUCUCAGGGAGACACAUUCUAAGCACUUGCUUGACAAGCUGUCAGAAUCUCUUCGUUCCAGUAAUAGUAGACUCUCUUCACUUAUUUUCAUGGGAUUCUUGGUGCGGAAACAACCCCAAUGGCUUCACAAAAUCAGUUCACACUAUGUAAUGAGGGAUCUGAUCAAAGUGCUCAAGACCGAUGGUGGCGUUGUGGUCUUGGUCAAUGCUUUGCUUGUCUUGACUGCCCUUAUCCCUAUCAUCCCGAAUUUGGAGAGCUCCAUACUCAAUGAAAUCUUUGAAAGCUUCACUCGAUUGGCUGCCUGGAAUUACUCCAACCAGCCCAAACAGCCAGAAGUUUACGUUCUUCAUCUCCAGAUUGCACUCUAUGCCUUGUUCCAUCGCCUGUACGGCAUGUACCCGUGCAAUUUCCUUUCCUACUUGCGUCAACAUUACUCGCUACGAGAUAAUCUGCCCAUCUUCAGCCACACCGUCAAACCCAUGGUGGAGACAGUGCGAAUGCAUCCUCUGUUGGUCACCGCAUCCAAAGACAUUGAAAUUGGAACUGCCAGGUGGAAGCAGAUGAGUGUCCACGACAUUGUCACCGAAUGUGCCAAAUACUCUUUGCUCGAAUGCCAAGAUCUGAGCAAUCGGGAGGAAAUGAUUUGUUCGAAUCUAGUUCAUUCUUCUACGUGUGCUUUAGAGCCAGUGAUUGUAAGCGCAGCACAACCAGCACCGUGGCUUGACGAAGCCAUGAACGUUGCUGGCGAGUGGACGUGGCCGGCUCAAUGGGUUCCUCAGGGUCCUGCAUCUACUAAAGCUCCUCUUAGCGCUCGUGUGACGCCUAAACCCGAUCCGACCGAGAGCUUCCUAAAGCAACAGCAAGCAGCUUCUAUUCCACCUUCGUCUUCGGUGGCUCGGACGUUAAGUCUGACCCCAACAGCCUCUCCAUUGCCACUUCCACCCACUUCUCCCAUGAAAAAAGAUCUUCAUUCAUUCAAAUUUCCCGGCGCCGGAGUGGUGGUAGGAGCUACUGGUGAACACGACCGACGCAGCACAGUCAUUGGAGUCAAAUUGCAGAAAAUUGGCCAGGAACCGGCCAGUAACUCGUUUGCUCACUUUGGUCCCGUUCUUUCCGGAAUGCGAUCAAGACAUUCUAGUGGAGCUCCCAGUGCCGAUCCUCGCAAGAACUUGAUGAGCCCAUCCACUUUGCUCCAAACAGAUCCUCUGAGCCCUGCCCAGCUAGCCAAUAAGCCCACGGACAAGGAUCGCGAUCAAAUUAGUGCUGAAGAUCGGGAAGUGUGUCGACUAUUGUCAACUAAACCCGCUCCCAAAGAUUUCGAAAAGGAAACUCACGCCCUUUCUCAAUCGUGGGUCCAGUCACGGGAAGGAACGCCCUGUGCUCUGCCGCCCAGUCGACCCGACAGUUUACUUCAGGAUAAAAUUGACGAUGUCCGACAUGAUGACAGCGAGCCGGAAGACUAUAGUCGAGCUUGCCAUGAAGACGAUAAUUACGGAGAUGAUGUUCUCGAGUCACGACCAAUCACUGCAGGCCAUGGUCCAGGAGCAGGUGGUGGAGUGACCCACACUUCUUGCCAAUCCGGAGGUCUUCCCAUGGUGGACCAAACGCGCUUCUCCGAUUUUGUUCAACGCGUCAAACGACUCCGCUACUUCAGUCAAUGCCUUCCGGUGGCCAGUGCCAACCAAGGCAGUCCUGGAAGUGGUAGCAGUAUCGGCACCGUGGUCGACAGUACCAGUUCCUUUGGUCAAACGAUGGCGACCUUGCCAUCGCGUUCCCGCAAGCGGAGCAAUUCGUGCCCGAAUUUGCUCCAGCUUGAUUUCAAUGGCGACCAGCGGACUGCCGUCGUUGCAGAAGGUGGCAACAAAGAGGAGCCUUCCUCUUCUUCCAGUUCAACAGCUCAGCAGCAAUCAACGGGUUGCCAGACGGAUCAGGAUCUUUGGCCGCCCACACCGUACGAACAUCUUUUCUUUAGCGUUUUGCCUCCAUCACUACUCUUCCCGCCUCCGCCAGCACCGGCUGAAGCCCCUCCCAGGUCGCUGGCUCCUUCAGAGCUGCUGGAUCGCUAUAUCGACGCCGCAUUCCGGAACCAUGAGCGGAGUAUGGCUCUUUUAGGCAAACCCAACGCUACGGAAGAUGUCGCCUUGCUCAAAGGACAAGUGUUGAUGUUGCAGAGUCAACUGCAAUUCGAGCGCCAUCGCCGGGAAGUCCACGCCGAGCGCAACCGCCGCCUGCUGGCCAAAGCUAAACAAGGCCGUUUGGUUGAGGAGGAACUGCACACGAUGCGUUUGCAGCUGGUGCAAGCCCAGAACGAGAUGGCGGCCGUCCGUCGGGAUGCCGAGUCGAUGCGCCGGUUGAGAAACGCGGCCGAAACUGAACGCGCCCAGGCCGUCCUCCAGUUCGAGGAGAGGACCAAGAAAAUGUUCCAAGAGUUGCAGGACAUUUCGUCUGACAGAUGCGAACGAGAGGAGGAACUACUCACGGCCCGGGACCAGGUCCGUUCCCUGCGUCGUGAAGCGGACCGACUUCACGCCGCUUUGUUUACCGUCGACGCCGAAAUGAAAGAUCUGAGGCGACAGGCCAACGAAUCCAGGCGCUACCAACAGGAUCUCAAGGAUUCCCAGUAUCAUCUGAUCGCCGCUCGAGAGACGGCCAAUUUGCUCCAGCAGCAGCUCAUGAAUCCCUCGGGUGCCGUCUUGAAAUACGAAAUGGAAGAGAUGACACGAGCUUAUAAAGAGGAGUUGAAAGCUCACUGGGAGAAACUGGAACGAGAGAGGCGACAGAACGAGGCGCUGACGUCCAAAUUGGCAGAAAUGGAAUCGGCGGCCGGGCGGCGAGAGACGGACAUUUCCGACCUGAAACGUUUGCUGCAGCUGGUCAAGGAGGAACACCAGCAAGUCAUGCAGGUGGCCGAGCACAAAUACGAGUCGAUUAAAAGCAUCAACGUGGCCUUGGAGAACAACAUUCUGCAAUUGCGCCAUCAGGUCGAACUUGGACGAUCGCGUCAGUCGCGCCGCCGGCUCAUCACCCAACAGCGUGAAGAUGGGUCGGGGGGCGCGACGGCCCUGCCGGCUGGAUCUUCCUCGUCGGCGAUGCCCUCCUCUGUUCCAGGAUUCAGCACAUCACCCAGCAGUCCGCCAUCCUUUUCUUCCAUUUCAGGAGCCAGUACGGAGCAGCUGUCUGUGUCGUUAGCGGUGGAGGCCAGCGAGGGGCUCAACUACUGGCAGACAAUAGAGACGUCGGCGCUGGCCCAAGUGGGAGCCGAUUUGCCGCACGAAGGCAGCGGCAACGUCGACCGUAGUCACAGUCUCGAUAUUGACCGCAACGCCAAGAAACCGACGUCCGAAUGAGAGAGAGAGAGAAAUAAUAUCCCAUGCGCAGGCGUAUAACAUAAUCAUUAACAUACUACUACUACUACUACUAUUACCUAAUACUACUUCUAUAAUCACACGCAAAUUUAAAAAACAAAAAACAAUUCGGAAAUGUGUACGUCUGAAAAAGGAACAUCUUUUUUUCUUCCUUGGGGUCGUCUUGUACCACCAACGUGAACAUAAAAACACAUCAAUAUUA